AUGGCAAUGAUUAAUGUGAACCGCAACACCAAUGAUAUGUUUUACCGUUAUAAAAUGCCAAAAUUGGUCGCCAAGAUUGAGGGCACAGGCAAUGGAAUUAAAACGGUUAUUGUUAAUAUGACACAAAUAGCAAAAGCAUUGAGUAGACCACCGACAUAUGUAACAAAAUAUUUCGGCUGUGAGUUGGGUGCUCAAGUUCAAAUGAUCGCCAAAGAUGAUCGUUAUAUUGUUAAUGGUGCGCAUGAUGCUGAGAAAUUACAAAAUUUAUUGGAUGGCUUUAUUAAACGUUUUGUUUUAUGUCCUAGCUGCGAUAAUCCGGAGACACAAUUGAGUUUUCGAAACCGAAAUGGUGGUGAAAUUCGUCAAGUUUGUAUUGCGUGCGGUCAUCAAGGAGGAAUCAAUAUGGCAUCGCAUAAAUUAACAACAUAUAUAUCAAAAUACCCACCUGAUGCGGAAGGAAAAAGUGAAGGCCAUGAAGGAAAAGAAAAUGGUGGUACAAAAGCAAAAGGUGGAAAAGCAAAAAAAGAGAAAAAAGCGGCUGGUGGAAAAAAUUCUGAUGAAGAUUCUCCGGUUGGUGCAGGAAAGGCGAAUGGUGCAUCGAAAACUAAUGGCGCAGGUGAUGACGAUGACGAAAAUGGCGAUUGGGGAGACGAAGAUUUGUCGCCAACGGAUGGUUUGAAUGCUAAGAAAAAGCUCGAUUUAAAUGUUAAAAGUAUGAUACAAUCAGAUGAUCUCGAUAAACCAGUUGCUGAACGAUGUGAAAUGUUUUCAAAAAUGCUGGAGAGUAAAAAAGCAUCGGAUGAAUUGAAUAAUACAGAAACAAUUAAAGAACUACUGGCAGAAGCAGAACGUCUCGAAAUAAUGGAAAAAGCACCAUUUGUUGUUGCCCAAUGUUUAUUCACCGAAAACAUUUUGAAAGAACUCGAUGUCUACAAAGCUCUGUUGUUAAAAUUAUGCACAAAAAAUUCAAAAGGUCAGAAAUAUUUCUUACAUGGUUUGGAAUCGCUAAUCAGUGCUGGUUCAUUAAAAGAAAAACUAUUUAAUAAAAAGUCGAUUUCAAAAGUGUUUCUUAAAUUGUAUGAAGAUGAUAUAAUUGAAGAAGAAACGUUUUAUUCGUGGUAUGACAAGAAGGUUGCUAAAGAAAUACGUGAAAUGUCCAAAGACUUUAUUGAAUGGUUAAAGACAGCUGAUGAAACCAGCGAAGAAGAAGAAGGUGGUGAUGAUAACGAAGAAGAAACAGAAGCCGAAAAAGAAAAGGUUGCUAUCAAUUUUAGCUAUGCAGCAGAGGGCUUAGAAGUUGCUAAAGAAAAGUCAAAAAGCGAAGCAGAAUCGAAAAUCGAAGUUAAUGGCGAAAUUAUCAAUGUCGAUGAUAUUUAA